CCAUUCCAUCGGCAUCUUGAGCGCAUCCAAGGUGUUCUCAAGGGACGUUUUCAGGGACAGCAGUCAUCCGCAUACAAAAUACGUUUCCAAAGCGUUAACCAAGAUGGACCCCUACUCGACCGAAGGCGAAUUAAUCAACAUUCACAACCAUUUCCAUCAGGGCCAGUAUCAGGAAGUCAUUGACUUUGAUACCUCUUCCUUCUCCCCUGACAACGCUCUUCCCGCGCGCAUUCUUGUCCUCCGAGCUCGAUUGGCUCUUGGACAGGCAGAAGAUGUUCUCGAUGACGUGAAGGGUGAUUCUCAGCCUGAGCUCCAGGCCCUGGGCGCUCUUGCUGAAUUCAACUUGGGCAAGGCCGAUUCUGCGGUGGAGACGAUCGAGAAGCUGGCCUCUUCAGCUGCCGACAACACAACGGUCCAGGUUAUCGGCGGAACGGUACUCCAAGCUGCUGGGAAAUCUGAAGAGGCUCUUGCUCUUCUCACUCAACAUCAGGGAAGCCUCGAUGCUGUCUCUCUUAUCGUCCAGAUCCAUCUGCAACAAAACCGAACCGACCUCGCCCUGAAGGAAGUAUCCGCCGCAAGACGAUGGGCCCAAGAUAGUCUCUUGGUCAACUUGGCUGAGUCGUGGGUUGGAUUAAGAAUCGGUGGUGAGAAGUACCAGCAGGCGUUUUACGUCUAUGAGGAGCUCGCCCAAGCUCCCUCGACCUCAUCAGUUCGAAGUCUUGUCUCGCAAGCUGUCUGCGAACUGCACCUCGGCCGAACAGAAGAAGCCCAAGCUGCUCUCGAACAGGCCCUGGAGAAGGACGCUAAUAACCCCGACGCGAUUGCUAACUUGCUGGUUCUCAAUGUUAUUUCCGGCAACCAGUCCGAUGAAUUCGCACAGAAAUUGAAGAGCGUCAAGCCUAACCAUCAAUUCUUGGCCGACUUGGAGGAGAAGAGCGCUCUUUUUGAUAAGGCUGCCACGAAGUAUAGCCCCAAGGUGUCGGCAUGAUUUAGACUAGGCGUAUCAAUUGCUAAAAUUAAUGGCGGGCGCAUUAUUCAUAGAGGAUUGGACUCUCUUGGCAAUGAUUAUUGAGAUCUUGAACGUAUUUUGCCAUGUUGACCGAAAGCACGUUCGAGCCAUAUAAAAGUAACAACGGGAAAGCAAGGAUUGUCAAAAUAUAUCAGGGUCCAUUACUGCAAAGAAUUAGAUUUAACACUGGCAAGGGUAUAUACAGCCACUUGUGUGUGGACUUGUAAUUCUUAGCCUUCUGAAUGACGGGUAUUUCUUGUUAACAGUAUAGCAAGGUCUGGCAUGGUUCUGAAGACCACGUUUGUCGAGAUACCGUCUUUUGGCCCAUUGCGAAAAAGACGGAGCCGAGGUGAAUGACCAUUGAAUCUUCUCAGGCUAUCAAAUCUCCAAACAUAUUAUAUCCAUGAUAUCUUCACGAGACACAGUCAGGAUACCUAUCAGUUAGAAGUCCACAUUGCUAGAUCCUGCUUAGUGGUCGCAUCCAGGUACAGAA